AUGGCACCAGCGCAUUAUGACAAACAUUGCGUCACUCAAUUAAAUGUCUUUUCAGUUUCUAGAUUUAUGUAUUUUUUACAAAAUGGCUUACAAUUUUUGAUGGAUAUUUUCUUUUCAUUUAUUUCUGCUGUUAACGAGCCAACACAAACACUUAAACAGGCUUCACAAUCAAACGUUUCUCUAUUGUUUGGAAACAGUAAAAAAGAUUGUGUUUCUACACUUCAAGCGACGCUUUGUGGAGGUAGCGAUUGGCGCGGAUCGGCAAAAGGAUAUAUGUGUGGUUACGGCUGCUGUUGCCUGGCUUGUUUUUCGCACACAACAACGCUAUACAUAGAAAAAGCUGUUCAUGAACACAAAAAAAAAUUAUGGAGAGAGCAAAAAAAAAGUGGAACAGUGAUGCAAUGA